UGUCCCGCCAGUGGUUGGCUGUUGCGGAUUUUGUUUUGUCUUAAUCUUCGGGCAGAUUAACCGACCAAACCAAUUGUGUGCCUCCACGGGACUAAUGUGUGGGGAGAACUUGUGAACUCAAAACACAGUCCCUGUAAACUUUGUCUAGAUGAGAAUAUAUAGCUCUGGAGGAAGUAUAACAAAUGUAUUUGCUCUUUUGAAAAAGGAUUUUUUUUGUGGAUACUAUGAUAGUCAGCUACGUAAUUGACAUCAGUGGCUGACAGUUUAUGCGUCCUUGGACCCAACUGUGCAUGAAGUUCAAGACCCAGCCCACUGCUCUCUAUCACAGCUGGCUCUGCUUCAGAACUGGCCUCAGAUCAGCUCAGAGCGAGGAAAAAUAAUCACGCGUGACAUGUCUAGGUUAAUAAACAUAAAGACGGGCACGAAUCGGCGGGUGCGCGCUCACAAUCAACAAAGGAAAUUCCUUGGCAGCUGGAAUAUGCGCCUGGAGACUCGCGCACUUCCUCUCCUCAGCAUUUAAGAAUUCUUCCAUCAAUUUUCCACCCAAAUUCAAGGAUAGAAUUACACCCCGCCUACCUGGGGGCGGGGCUACGCGGGCCGCUCCACCAAUAGGAACGCUGCACAGCCACUAUAAUGCUCCACUGACUCUCUGAUUCGACCAUGGAGGACGCAGUGACCUCUGAGGAUGCUGAACCCCUGCCUGCCGCCUCCCGAAACACUGACAUCCACCUUGGGGAGCCAGAGGACGAAUGUCCUUCCAGCACCAGCCCGGAGCCCAGCUCCCCGUCCUCGCCUUCUAAUCAGCAAACUCAAGGCUCUGCCGUAUCAGCGCUGCAGUCCAAGGUCAAAGCUCUCUCAGAGUGCAGAGUUGUUUGGAAAGAACCAAGAAGCAAGGACCAGGACAAGCAAGUGGUUCCCGGGACCUUCAUGCUGGGAUACGCCCUCACGGACGCUUGGGGCUCCAGCAGCAGCGAUGAAGACGGGGAACCUCGCAAACCCCUGAUGUUCCUCGCAGGAGACCACAAGCCUCAGGCAGAACUCGAGUAUGAUUCCGGAUCUUCCGAAGCCUUGCUGGCAAUUCCACGCGGCCUUGGAGAAGGAGCAAGUGUGGAGAACCUCUCGAAUGAUGCUCAACAGGAUGCUUCUCCGUCUACUAAACCAUGGAUGCCACCAAAGUAUUUCUGGAGGUCCAUCAGACCAGAGAUGCCGGUUCUAAACGGGAACAUUCCUGUGGGGAAAGAUGGAGCAAAUGGAGGAACUUUGGGACACAAAAUGGGCCACAAGUUUCCAAGGGAACUUCAAAGGUCUGAUAGCCUGGAGAGUCACCUACGCAGGUACAACCACGGUGAGGUGGCACAAUGUGGACUUUGGCGGGCCGACAGCUUGGAAAGCAUGUGCAGCAGUGGAAGCUCGCUGUCCCUGGCCGAGAGAGUUGAGAUGAACCGUGGUCUUCUCAAACAGAUGCUGCAGAAAGCCCAGAACAAAGACCAUGUGCCAGGACAGAGGACAGAGGACCAGAUGCACAUUGGUGGUAGAGGAAUCAGUGGCCUGAAUGACAGUGAUUGGGAUUCUGGGAUAUCGCUCCAAGGUAGUGAACACAGCCAAAGGGCCUUUGUGUUGGGCGACGACCUUCCGCUGAGCCCUCGCCACGAGCAGGCCAAACGACUGCUGGAGAGAGCGCGUAUGAAGGCCCGGUCCAACCCUCUCAAAGCCGACCACACCAUCCUACCCGUCCAGAGGGACAACCCGGAGCUGUUGUCCUGGGUUGGUGUACCCUUACACCAGGCUCCUCUUGCGGGGAAGGAGGGCGUGGCGGUGGUCUCCGGAAACCUUAGUGACUCUUCCAGUGGUGACUCGGCAGGUGGAACCCGUCGGAGACACGGGCAGUCCCCUACGCGUGUACGUUUUGAAGACGAAUCGGAGAAGGACGCUGAGGUGCGGUACCUGGAGCGGCUACGCCAGCGGCGCAGGGCUGGAGAAAGAGCACAAGGGCUGCUGGUGUCCAAACCCACCUUGUCGUCUUACAUCAAUGGACAGGCAGAGACAGGACAUGGCUCGAAUGAUUCAGCAUUUUGGAAGACAAAAGCCAAGAAGAGUUUAUUGAACGGCAAAGGUUCGGAGACAGCAAACAGGCAGUGCAACUCUUGUGGGACCUUUCUAAAUGAACCCCACGGGCCUAGCUUGAACUCAAAUACUCUAUCCUUACCUAAUGGGGAAGUUGAAGGGAAGAAGAUACCAUGUUGGGUUGCUCCAACCCUUCCUAACCGGCUUGUCCGGAUCGAACAAAUUAAGGAGACAUACAUUGGGACGAGUCCUGCUAUUGUCCACAGCGAUGGAACACACUGCAGUCCAGCGGAUAACGUAAGCGGCAGAGGAACAUUCCAGAAGUUAAAGAAGAAGGUCCGGAAGCAAGAGAGCAAGCAGGAACCCUUGUAUGUCAAUGGCCUGAGGGCUCCGACACCUCCGGACUGCAAUGGUGGAACUCAAAUGUGUCUCUCGAAUGGACUAACAUUGCCACUCAACCCCUAUGCCACUGAUCCACUUGGACAGAGAAUCCCAGCCACAUGCAGUCCCACAUCCAGUAAGGGUCCUGUGGCACCUCCAUUGCCCCCCAAAGGAGAACCAUCCAGCUCCCACCUUCCUCACCCAACCCCUCCACCCCUCCAACCAAAAAAAUCAGCCCUGAAAUCAAGCUCAAAGAAUCGCUCUAAUGGUCAGCGGACCGUCACACUCAUAUCUUCGCCAGAGUACCAUCUGGAUUCCACAGAGGCAGGGGGCGCUGUGGAGAGUUGUCCUCAGGAACACGCUUCCUCUGGACUGGGUUAUUGGGAGGACAGAUCUGCAAUGGUCAUCCCUGGACCCAUACUCAGGACGAGCCCAGUUCUGUGUGCUCGAAACUCACCCAUACAAGGGGAAGAAAGGCUAACAGAUGUGGAACAGCCCCAGAGUACAGGACAGCUGGGAUCUGAUGCAACAUCCAGCAGUGCUGAAUCAACCCAGACUCGUCUCAAUGACGGACACGUCAGAGGGCCAAUCAGACCAGUGCAUCACAGGGCAACUAGCCCAAACUUUUCACAAGUUGGGACGGAUGCAGAGCAUCGGGAGGGUCGACCCAAACUUUCCCUGCGGCGGUUCUUCUCCGCCAUGGGGUUAAACAGUGUAGGGUUGCUGGGAAAAGGACGAUCCAGCAGCAUGGAUCAGCUCAGCCUGCAACCCAAACCCAACUCAAACCCAAAUCAAAACACUCGGCCGACCUCACCCUCCACCUCCCCUAGCCCCACACACAGACACGACCACCAGCUGAAGAAAGCCCCCUCAUUGCAGACUAUCCGUCUGGGGUCUCCCUUUCUCCAGCUGAGGAGAUCUUCAUCGGCUCAAAACCUGCAAAUCCCCAGAAAGAAAACAGACCGUUCCUCUGCAUACACUCCGGGAGAACAGCCCUGUAGUCCUGUAUUAACCAGGGGUCUUCAGCGUGCCUUGAGUGUAGAGGACGUGGGGCGUCCCAGUGCGGUGCGUCCAGUGGGACGCGUGGCUCAGGCCUUCCCUGAUGGCACCAUCCUGCUAGAGCUCUCCAGACCCCCCAACGGCCCCUUUGGCUUUCUCAUCUCACGAGGAAAAGGCAGGCCGGACUCAGGGGUGUACGUUGAAGAAAUGGGCGACAGCAAUAUGGAGAAACUCUAUGCGGGGCUGCUCGGGGUCGGGGACGAGAUCUUAGAGGUGAACGGCGAGAAGGUGGCAGGACUCAGUCUGGAUCUGGUGACCCGCUUAAUGACUCAAAACAGCACGGCUUCGAUCCGCGUGCUACGACACAGACGCCUACAACGCUAACUGAAGACAAGACUGCCAGAAUCACAUUUUGUUGCGGCCAGCGUAAACGAAUAACGUCAGGCAUGAGUUCGUGUAAAUGGCAGUAUUACGUUUUACCGACCUUUGGAGUUUUAUCGCAAUGAUCACACAAUGAUCCAUAUUUAAGGGAUAGUUACCCAAAAAUUAAGUAUUUUUUAUACACUUCAUUAAAGUCCAGAUUUAUUUUUGGGUGAAUUCAUCCCUGACGGCACAGUUAUGGCUAAAAGACUGUUCACACCAAAAACAAUAACUAAAACAAUAAUGACAAAACUUUCGGCGAGUUUAGCGUGGUAAUAUACAUGGCUUAGUUCACUUCCAGAAAAAAUUUUUCCUGAUAAUUUACUCACGCCCAUGUCAUCCUAAUGUGUAUGUCUUUCUUUCUUCAGUCAAAAAAGAAAUUAAGGAAAACAUUCCAGGAAUUUCUCCAUUUAGUGGAGGAUCAGCGGCUUGAAGGUCCAAACUGCAGUUUCAAAGCAGCUUCAAAGAGCUCUACACGAUCCCAUCUGAGGAAUAAGGGUCUUAUCUACCAAAACGAUUGGUCAUUUUCUAAAAAAAAAAAAAAAAAAUACAAAUUGAUAUACUUUUUAACCACAAAUGCUCAUUUUGCACUAGCUCUGUGUCUACGACUUCUAUACAGGUGGAGCUGGGGAGGUGGAGGGUUUCUGAAGGACGCUGCACCUGCUACAACAAGCACUAGCCAAGUUUUUGAAUAUUAUUAAUUCAAUUUUAGAAAUUUUAUAAUUUUAGAAAUAUAAUUUAUAAAUUUGAAUGUUGAGCAGCAAGCUCAUUGGCUGCUGAUACGACAAAAGCCAAUCAGCAACCAGAUCAGAAUGAUUUAGAUCAGCCUGCGCCAUCUAGAGUAUUGUGACAGAACUUUGCAUUUAUCGUUAUAGUUAACGCUAUAGUUAUUGUUUUUUGGUGUGAACGGGUAUUAAUUUUCAGCGGUACCUUGAAAAAAUACGCUAUUAAAGGUGUGGUCACAUUAGCUAAUCAGUGAAGUGAUUAUUGACACAUUGGAUUUUAUCAGAAAAUAGGCGUGAUGUUUUUAUUCACGAGCGACGCGAAAAAACAUCCUGUGAGUGAUCUAGAGCGAUAACAGUAAUGGUGUGUGCAAACCAAAAGCAAACAUUCGCGGGAGUAGAUUGCAUACAAAAUUAAUGCAAAGAUGCGAAUUGGGCGACGCGAUUGCCAUUAUUAAAAAAUUUCAACUUGAGUGGGAAAUUCGCAUGCCGUAUUGUCACGCAAAAACCAAUCAGUGAAGAACUUACUGACAACCAAGACCAAACUUAAUAAAUGACAUACAAAAUCAAUGCAAAGACGCAAAUUGGGCAACGUGAUUGCCGCGAACGUGCAAUAUUGUGACUUCUGCGCUAGUUGAAAAAUUGCAACUUGAGUGGAAAAUUUGCAUGACGCAUUGUCACGCAUGCGAUCAGAGAGGAAAUUAUUGACGCAUCUGGUUGUAUCAGAAAAUGGAGGAAAGCAUUAUGCAAUGAUUUUAUUUGCACAAAUGAUGCGAAAAACAUCCUGCAAGAAACUUUUUCACCCUCACACGGAACUCUCAAACGAAUUUAAUUACUUGUGCGAGUAGAUUACAUACAAAAUCAAUGCGAAGACGCAAACUGGGUGACGUGAUUGCCAUAAAUGUGCGAUAUCGCGUCUCCUGCGGUAGUUAAAAAAAAAGGUUAACUCGAGCGGAAAAUUCACAUUGUUGCGCAAGCCAGUCAGCGAAGAACUUAUUGACACAUCCGUGUAUCAAAAAAAUUAAGGAAAGCAUUAUGCAAUGAUUUUAUUCACGUAAGUGACGUAAAAAAAACAUCCUGUGAGGUACUUUUUUUGUCCUCAUGCGAAACUCUCAAUCGAAUUCAAUUAUUUGUGCGAGUAGAUUACAUACAAAGUCAAUGCAAAGAAGCAAAUAGAUGCAAAUUUGUGCCGGACUAUGAAAAUUGACACGAAUUGGGCUACACGAUUGUCGCAAAUGUAUGAUAUUUACCUCAAACGCAUCUGCGCAAGUAAAAAAAUUUCAACUUGAUAACAGUAAUGGUGUGUGCAAACCAAAACCAAACUUAAUUAUUUGCGCAAAUAAAUUACAUACAAAAUCAAUGCAAAUACGCGAAUUGGGCGACCUGAUUGCCACGAACGUGCAAUAUUGCGACUUCUGCGCUAGUUGAAAAAUUUCAACUCGAGCCGAAAAUUGAGAGAAGAACUUAUGAAUGCGUUCGGUUGUAUCAGAAAAUGGAGGAAAGCAUUAUGCAAUGAUUUUACUCACGCAAGUGAUGCGAAAAACAUCCUGCAAGAAACGUUUUCGCCCUCACAUGAAACUCUCAAUCGAAUUUAAUUAUUUGUGCGAGUAGAUUACAUACUAAGUCAAUGCAAAGAGGCAAAUAGAUGCAAACUCACACUGAACUAUGAGAAUGACGUGAUCAUUACAAAUGUGCGAUAUUCACCUUAAUUGCAUCUUCUGUGCAAGUUGAAAAAUUUCAGCUUCAGUGGGAAAUUCGUAUGGCGCGUUGUUGCGCAAGCCAAUCAGUAAAGAGCUUAGUGAAAAACAUCCUGCAAGGAACUUUUUUGCCCUCACACAAAACUCUCAAAUGAAUUUAAUUAUUUGUGUGAGUAGAUUACAUACAAAGUCAAUGCAAAGAAGCAAAUAGAUGCAAAUUCGCCUAUGAGAAUGACGCAAAUUGGGCAAAAGCGAAUGCUGCGAAUGUGCGAUAUUUACCUCAAUUCUGUCUUCCGUGCAAGUUGAAAAAUUUCAACUUGAGCGUAAAGUUACAUUACAUGUUGCGCAAGCCAGUUAACGAAGAAUUUAUUAACACGUCCAGUUUGAUACAUCCAGUUGUAUCAGAAACUGUAGGAAACCAGCAUGUGAUGAUUUUAUUCACGAAAAACAUCCUGUGAGUAAUCUAGAGCGAUAGCAUUAUAACACAGCAUUAUGUUUUGUGCACAACGAAAGCAAAUAUAAUUAUUCACCCAAGUAGAUUACAUACAAAGGCAAUGCAAAGACUCGAACAGAUAUGAACUGGGAAGGCAAUUACCAUGACUGAGUGAUGUAUUUCAACUUGAGCGGGAAAUUCACAUGAAGCAUUGUUGUGCAAGCCAGUCAGCAAAGAGCUUACUGACACUCCUGGGUGUAUCAGAAAAUGUAGGAAAGCAUUACGCUAUGAUUUUAUUUGCACGAGUGACGUUAAAAACAUCCUGCGAGAACGUUUUUCGUCCUCACACAAAACUCUCAAUCACACACGGUCCAACUGUAAUGGCUGAUUUUAGCGAAUUUCGCCAAAUGGUGUUAAAUGUGACCACACCUUGAGACACAUUCAUUGGCUCGUUUUUUGCCAGAAUGGUACUAUCGUUACAACAGAAUAUUAUAUCUGUAUCAAUCGUGUAUGAAGGACAAGGAUAGUUUGUGUACUGAAAGUUAAACUCAAGUGUUAUUGCAAUGAAGGAUGGUCUAAAUGCAUUUGCCAAAAAGACCAAUGAACAUCAGUGUUUAUCUUUCAUCCAGCUUCUUCAUUGUUUCUGCAUUCGGUUCUAGUACAAAACCUUCUCCAUGCUGCUGACAAGUACACAGAUCUAUAUCGUACACGGUCAAAAGAGGUUUAUAUACUCUCUUAGAACGUGCUGCAGUUGCAUUGAUCAUCAGCUCUAAAUGCUCUUUAGUAAAUUGAUUGGAUAUUUCUCCAUGAGCCAGCACUUUGUUAUGCCUCUACAGUGCAGUCUGACACCAUUAGCGUGCUGUCCUGAAGGAUAUCAGUAUUACGGUACGUGCAACGCAAAAACCUACCAACCUAAUGUAUUUUGUUACAUUUAUUUAUAUGUGUUCCUAUGAAAUAAAACAACUGGCUUUUGA